AGUGCCCCCCCCCCGCCCCGGGCCCCGCCGUGACCCGCGGCCGCUUUCCCCUCCCGCCCACACGUCCCCGGCGGGGCGGAGUCGUCGCUGCUGUUAUGGCGUCUCGGGCGCUGUUGGCGAAGGAUCAGCCGUUGCGGUGCCACUAGAGAGCAAAGGAGCCGGGCUGGGCGGCGGGCCCGGCAUGGAGAGCCUGGCGCAGCCCCCGCCGCCUCCGGGCUCGCUGAAGAGGGGCGGCGGGGGCGCCGCCAGCCAGCUCCUCCUGGAAGAGGCGGCGGCGGGCGAGGGCGGCUGCAGGGACGGGCCCGCGGCGGCUGAGGAGGGUGGCGGGCGGCGCAGCCCUUCCCCUCAGCCGGCCCCUGCUCCUGCCACGGCCCCUCGGACGGCGUCUCCCUGCCGGGCCGCGGAGGGCGGUGCGGAGAGCUCCGGAGCGGCGGCCGCCUCGGAGAGCGGCGCGGCGGGGGCCGGCUCCGGGAGUAGCGGGGCUCCCAGCCCCCCGGGGGAGGAGUCCCGCAGCCUGGACUCGCUGGAGUCCUUCUCCAACCUGCACUCCUGCUGCCCCAGCAGCUCCGAGCUCAACAGCGACGCCGAGGAGGCGGUGGUGGUGGCGGCGGCGGCCUCGGUGGGGGGCCCGGCCCCGCAGCCCGAAGGGGACCGGCCGACGGUGGGCUCCCAGCUCCUCUCCGCCUCCAAGGAGCGGUUCCCGGGCCAGUCGGUCUAUCACAUCAAGUGGGUCCGCUGGAAGGAGGAGAACACGCCGGUCAUCACCCAGAACGAGAACGGGCCCUGCCCGUUGCUGGCCAUCAUGAACGUGCUGCUCCUGGCUUGGAAGAUUAAGCUGCCACCAAUGAUGGAAAUCAUAACGGCUGAACAGCUGAUGGAAUACUUAGGAGACUAUAUUCUUGAUGCCAAACCUAAAGAGAUAUCUGAAAUUCAGCGUGUAAAUUAUGAGCAGAAUAUGAGCGAUGCAAUGGCGAUUCUGCAUAAGUUACAGACGGGUCUGGAUGUCAAUGUGAAGUUUACAGGUGUACGAGUAUUUGAAUAUACACCUGAAUGCAUAGUGUUUGAUCUUCUCGAUAUCCCUUUGUACCAUGGAUGGUUAGUGGACCCUCAGGUUGCUGACAUAGUAAAAGCAGUUGGUAACUGCAGUUACAAUCAGCUGGUGGAGAAGAUAAUUUCUUGUAAACAGUCAGACAACAGUGAACUGGUUAGUGAAGGAUUUGUGGCUGAGCAAUUUCUAAAUAAUACAGCUACACAGUUGACAUACCAUGGACUGUGCGAGUUGACUUCGGCUGUCCAGGAGGGAGAGCUUUGUGUGUUCUUCAGGAACAACCAUUUUAGCACCAUGACCAAAUACAAGGUGUGUUUCCGAAGAAUUAUCAAGGGUCAGCUUUACCUGCUGGUGACAGACCAGGGCUUUCUUACAGAAGAGAAAGUUGUCUGGGAAAGCUUACACAAUGUGGACGGCGAUGGAAACUUCUGUGAUUCUGAAUUCCACCUACGGCCUCCGUCAGACCCUGAAACUGUCUACAGAGGGCAGCAGGAUCAAAUAGAUCAAGAUUAUCUGAUGGCAUUGUCUCUACAACAAGAGCAGCAGAAUCAAGAAAUUAACUGGGAGCAGAUCCCAGAAGGAAUCAGUGACCUAGAGCUAGCGAAGAAGCUCCAGGAGGAGGAGGACAGGAGAGCUUCCCAGUACUAUCAGGAGCAAGAACAAGCAGCUGCUCAGGUCCAGGUGCAAGGUGCUGCUUCUCCAGCAAGUGGAAGACAAUCUGGGAGUAAUGAACGCAAACGUAAAGAGCCUCGAGAGAAAGAGAGAGAAAAAGAGAAGAAUAGCUGUGUUCUCUUGUAACAGAAAAUGGAUUUAGUCUGGAGCCAAGUGCAUGUCCUCAGAAGCAAAAACAAGGAAUAAAAAGGAAGACAAACCCGUUACAUGCCGCCUGUGCCUGAUUACCCCAUGGAUUUUGUUCACGUUUCCAGAGAGGAUGGGUGACUUUGUUACAAUCAUACAGACUUUCUUCAAAGUCAUAGUGCGUGCUGCUCAAGAUGGAAUUCCAAAUCACAGUUGGAUGCGGCUGUGCUUUGAGUUAGUCAUAAGAAAUACUGCACCUUGUAGCUGAACACACAAAUCAUGGCAAGUUUUGUGUCAUAGUGACAUCCAUUAAUCAUUACAUCAGUUAGUAAGCUAUUUUAUCUUCUACUAUAAACAAAGGAGGUGAUUGGUUUUGUGUAAGACUUUUUCCUGAAGUCUGUACACUAGCACAACAAAAUCCUGUGUUACUUACAUGGUAUGAAACUAUAUCUUAGGCUGGGUAUAGUCUUCACGACACAAGAGCCCAAAUAACAGCUGGGCACUGCCUCCUCGACGUGUCCAGAUUUCUUUGCUUCUGGAUCUGGUAUGUUCGGUUUUUUGAACCCAGAUUUAUACUGUGUUACUGCUAUCAUUGCACCUCCUGGCCAGCUUUCUUGCCCCAAGAGUACAUGACUUGAUAGGCAUAAGACAAAAAAUUGUCAUAGAAAACGGGGCAUUUAUUAAUAAGCAAGAUGACUAUUGUUUGCUUUUCUUGCAAUUACAAACUGGGUAUGGCAACUCAGAUGUUAUCAGGGUUAAACAAGUAAUUUUAUAGGUAACUUCCUUUUCUUUUAGUAUUUUUUCUCAUGUAGGUAAACUGGACCAGAUAAGUUCUUAUUUAUUGACCUCUCCAUAUGAUAGGUGAAUGAUGAGAGGAAACUAAGGUCUAUAAUAAUCAUUAUUCUAUGUAAGAAUGCAGAGUUAAAAUAACUAACUAUCUGCCUUUUUUCCAGAAGUACCUUGAACUUUAACAUGACGUUAACAUGUCCACUUGUAUAUUUAAGCAGGUGUACUGUAGUUAAAAAACACACUUUUUUGUUUGUUUUAUAAACGAUGUAUCCUUAAAAAGCACACUUCUGAAGGGUGGGAGAGAAGCGAGGCUGCUCUCUGAGGUUGUUUGGCAAGGUGGUCAGGUGUAAUAUUUUGUUUUUUAAAUCACUAAUUUAGAAUUUUUGGAAACCAGAUUUUUCUAAUUUAUGGGAACCAAAUAAACAUGUUGCGUCUUGUAGUAUUUAUAGAAUACAGAAAAAGAAUACUUGCUGAAUUUUGAGGGAACCACAAAUCCUCCUCCACUUCCAUUAAAUCAGUAACAAUUACCUUCUUGCUGAACCUUUUUGAUAAAAAUUUCUAUUUAGCAAUUUGUAGAUACUUUUGAAAAAGGCUGCUUCUCCUGGACAAGUUAUGUAUUUAUGCUCUAAGCCUGGGUAAGUGCAUUAGAGUGCGAUAAUCUGGGAACGCUAAGGCGGCCAGGUGGAAUGUGACAUUCCUGGUUUCAGGGUUUUGGAGAAUGUCUGUAAGAGAGAGGGUGUCUAAACACAGUGUCACUGGUAAAAAGCUGCUUUACAAUUAUUUCAGGCAGACUUGCUGCAGUGAUGGGAAGCAGUCAAUGAAUCUGUUACAAACCUAGAAUGAAAAUUAGACAGAUAAAGGAAGAAUGUCUUAUUAACUAAAGGGCCAGUUUGUAUCACUUUUUUCUUCCAUGCCUUUUUCUCGUUUGUUUUUUCCACUUUUGUUACAAUUUCCCUUUUAUAAUAAUGAAGUAGUGAACCGUAGGAGGUCUCUAAUACGCAAACUGUAAAUUUAAAAAUUUCUCUAGAAGUCGUGCCCAGAAAAGUAAUUUUAAUACUUAAUGUCUGCAGUUCAAGUAAUUUUCUAUGUCAAGGCAAAGGUUGACAUCUUUUUUCCUUUGCAGCAGCCUAACUUCUUCAAACAAAUUAAUGCGAUGGAGGAUCACCAACAUGACUUACCUACUUUAAGCAGAUCAGAAAAUAUUCCAAUAGUGUCAAUAACAAAGACUUUAAGCCAGAAUGUUGUUUAAAAACAUUCUGUUACUAAGAUUUUUCCAAAAUUGUGUAUUUACAUUUAUUUAUUGACCUUGAAAAAUAAAUAUGUCGAGCUAAGUGUUUGUUAUCUUAUUAUUUUCAGUGACAGUAUUGCCACUUUAAAUUCCUUUUUGAACAAAUUUAGCUGGAAUAGGCAUUGUGGCUAUUGAGUAUAUCUUUUUGCCUGAGAUACUUGCUCAUAUUAGAAGAAUUCAUGUAACACUUCCAGUUUCAGACAGAAGUGCCUGAAACCUGAUAUACUGUGGUUACAGUAAUAUUGUCAUUUGGUCACAAAGGAAGAAGAGUUAAAUGUCAGUGCUCAUCGUGAAGUCUGAACUCCCAGAUAAUUCAGUUUCUCCUUCAAUAAAGGAGUGAAGGGUUUCAGGUUAUUUGAGAUGACAGGCAUGCUAUGCAAACAGUUUUCUGUUAAUAUCCUUUUUUCUUUACAGGUCUUGAAGCUUUGGGAAAAAGGUAAAGAAUUCCUGAAAUCUAGGGCAUUGUUCUGCACGAGUUGAGCUUGGUAGUGGCAAAAGUUACAAGCAGAUGAGCUUGUUAAUAGCCAAAAUGAAACACAUCUGGAAGCUUAAUUUAUACCCUACUGUGACUAACCAUUCCAAAAGCAACCGUCACAGUUGGUAUUAUAUGAUGAUCAAAAAAACAGAACAGAAUUGCUUUUAUUGUAAUAGUGAGCUUGGAAAACAAUAUUACAAGAUAUUCAUGGAGUACCAGAAAAAUUAUGUCUCUUUCUGACUAUUCCUAUGCCUCUUUUUUGAAGGUCUUAUUCUGGCAAAAGGGUACAGAUUUAUACUUUAAAUCUGUUUAUACAACUUCGCAUGCACAUGCUCCAAAUAGCUGCAUAAUUUAUAUUUGAAAGUGUCCAGAAAAGUAGAGUAGAACUUGUUUUCCACUAGAUAAAAGCUAGCACAGAAAACAGAAUCAUAGAUAUUUUUUUGUUGUUGUUGCAUUGUAGUUGUGAAAUAAAAAAAAGCUAAAUGCAAGUAUUCUUAAAAUUUAGCCAAAAAUUGAGCACUGCCAUAGCGAUAAAUGUUUUUUCUAAAAAGCACUUUUUAAAUGCUCAAAUACACUUUUCUUGUGACACUUUUAUGGAAUCUGUGACUCAACAAAGCAGAUCCAAAGGAAGACUCUUAACACCAGAGGAUGAAAUUAGCAUUCCUGAAAAUUCACUGAAACACAAUGCAGAAAAAUACACCUUGUAGCUAGCCAUCUAGUUAAUCUAAUAAAGUGUGUUCAGCUUGUCUUCACAGAGUUCUUCUGGUGGAUCAUGGGCACAUGAGCUGAAAGUGAAGCACGUGCUCUGCUGUGUACACUUGCCUUGGGUUGCCAGUCAAUCUCAACAUUCCUUUGGUAAUUCACGUUAUUGUCAAAUGUUUCUUCAAACUUGUAUACACAAGUUCUUGGAAAAAGAAAAUUCCAGUAUGUAAUAAAAGGCAAUCUGAGUUCUUGAAAUUGAAUCUUUUGGUGUAUUCAGCAGGAAAUACGUGAGUAAAAGGUGAAGCUGAUGUACUUUCAAGUGAACCUUUCUUCUUUGCAGCUACAGUAGCUCUAUAACCCAAAGCUAGCUCGUUGCUUAGAUCAGCUUUCUUUCCAUUAGGAUGCUUAUCAUAGUCAAUUGCUGAAGUUUAUACGAAGUACAUCCUUAAAUACAAUGUACUGAAUUAAGAGCUGUAUUUAUUUUAAAUAAAAGUAGACUUUUUUUAAGGUUGUAACCUUAAAUGGCAGGUGACUCAGGAAAUGCAAGUUAAUUGAUGUAGUAUCCUCAUUAGAAAGCAUAUUAGAGAAAAGCAAAGCUAACAAGCCUUAGUUUGGUUGCAAUAUCAUGCUCGCGUUUUUUCCAUCUAUGCUGUGAUAGCAAGACCUUAGUAACAAGAAAAAUCUGACACUGAAAAAUGUUCCUGUAGUCCAGUGAGAGCGAAUGUCACACGCCAGAACUGAACCAUUUGCACAUUAUCUUGUGACUCCGUGCAGUUCCUCUUUUUUCAGCAUCCCAGCACUAGUCCGUCAGCAGUGGUGUUCCAAGUAGGAAGACCUGAUGCAGUCUCACACAAAACCAUUUACACAGAAGUCUCUUUGAUGUUUGUUUCCAUAGUGUUUCUGUACAGCUGCUGCUGCUUCACAGCUUGUUCUUGCAGUUGUCCAGUAAAAAAGCAACAUAUUUAAGCUCAACUGUCAUCUGCUCUGAUGAGGAAGAAGUGCUGUAGGGAAAUGCCGAGGAGGAGACAGGCUGGAACAUAAAAGUCCCUACACCACCUCUUGAGAUUGUUUAGGGGAUUUGUCCUUAAUUUUGCUGUUAUUUUAGACAUAAAUAGUUGUAGCAUGGCAUGCAGUGGCCAGAUCUUCUUGCCCAGGUAAUGACUUAUGUCAUAGUGGGUUGGCAGUGUCUGUCCCUGUACGUGCUGUUCCUCACUCAUAAUGCUUCUAGGUCAAGACUGGCUGUUCUGACCCUCUAAUAACUCAAAAUUUUGUUAUUAAAUGUCAAUUGUCUGCUGUUCUAUUUUGGUCAUUUUGUCAGCUCUUUCACUGUGAGCUCUCUUGACCUGGAGAGUUGGCUCUAGAGAACUUGCUGAAACCUGGAAGUUCUUUACUGCCCUUGCAGUUCCUUUUCUGGUUUGUAGGAUCACCGGCACUCGUGGAGAAGCUUCAUGUGUUCAAAUGAGCAAUUCCUUGUUUUUUGAGGUUGAGAACUUUAACUAUCUAGUUAAUUAUCUUAAGUUGUCAGGAUCCCAUGUUUACCUCUAUUGGACAGCAUAGAAAAUAUUCAGCAAAAUGUUGUUAGGUUUGGGAAAUCCAUAGGGAACAACUCCGAUAAGUUUCAGUAUUCAAAUGAACUGAAAAGUAUAAACAGUAUGCUUGCAAAAUAAUUUGUUGUAACAAUAUGAUGACAAUAAAGGCAUCUGUUUCUGUAAAUGUAAUCUCUUGCUGAAACAUGAAAUAAGGCACUGCAAGUGCUCCCAUCACUGGUUGAGUCCUGCAGUGAAGGAAGCCAGUGGUGGUGUGGUGAACAGUCUUGCUGGGGCCAAAAGUGAGUGAAACGCUUGUUUGGUAGAGUCAAACACUAUGCCAAAUGUAUAUAGAUCUUGGGCCUGGACAGGGACAAAAAUUCAUGGAAGUUCUAUAUUUUUCUAAUUAAUCUCUUGAGAACUGUCCUUUAGUGCUGGUCCAGUUUCAGUUUAGGCCCCAUCCAGCUUGAUACCUAUUGUGAAACUCAGAAACACGAGAUGGGAUCUCCCAGUGUCUCAGGAGAUGAUGCCUUCAGCUCAUACAAACUCAGUUCUCCAUCGGAGCUGGGUGGAGUAAGGUGAUACUGGGUCUGCCUCUCUCUUCUUGUUGAAGCCAGUUGUAAAACUUGCACAGAUUUCUUGAGUUAAAACUUUAGCUGUAAGUUUCAAAGUUCAGAUUAUGCUAAACAGUCUUGAAUAUUUCACCUGAUGUAGUUUAGUAUUUUAAGAUUUCUUCUAAAUGUGUUUCAGAAAAAGAUGGUAUUUUUGUCUGAAACCUUCCGUUGAGUUUUGUUGUGGUUCACUGGCAGAUGCAAGGAAAGGGUCAAAAUUGCAAUGAGAAGAAACACCAAUGUGACAGUAAACUUAAAUCAGCUGAGUAAUGGGUACAUCCUUGGGUCUGGCAUCUCUUGUUUUGGGGAGCUCCAAAAUAACAAUAGGAAAACAGAGAUUUUUUUUUUUUCUCUUUAUACGAACUGGCCAUAUCUAGUCAUUAAUACUUGCAUUGAAUAGUUUUUCUUAAGGUUUGCUUAUGUGGUCCAGUCUGCGAAGCUGAUGAGCUCAUGGUUAUGCCUGUAAUCCAGUGAACACUGCCAAGCGCCCAGAAACUCACACUUCUGCCUUCAGACUCAGAAACAACCCUGACCAAACCCGCAUUUACCAGCUCUGGCGCUUUUAAACACAAGAGCUGUUCAACUGUUAAAGGAAAACUCUAAAUAAAGCUUUUUACCAUUGCCAAAGCAUUCUGUUUGGCAAUGGUAAGUUAUAAAAGUUAAUGGAGAUCAUAAAAUCAGAUAGAAGAAAAGGUUAGUGCUGUUAGAGGUUGCAUCUCACUGAAUAGAGACUGGGCAGGAGUUUGAAGACUGGCCGUGUUGGCCAGCUGCUGCGGAAAGGCGCUGCCAGCUGCUGCCCCCGUUCCCUUCCUGCAAAUGCCGUUUAACCAGGUGUCACUGUGCCAUCUACAGCUGAUGCCAACAGUUCUCAUACUGAGGACAGGGCGAGAUGGGCUUCUCCAUGGAACGUAUGAACUCCAAGUGUGUGUUUUGAUUAAGUCCGUGUUAUAAUUUAUUAUCUGUGCCAGCUAUAAUAAAGCUAGCCUGAUUAGUCCUGCCCAUGCUCUUAAGUGCACGUACUUUCUGUGAAAGAACCACAGAAAAUUAGAUCUAAUAACUGCUUUCCUAACAGACUUCGAAACUACCUUGAAAUGUUCUUUGUGAUACUGUCUCUUUCAGUCUUGGGAAAUUAAAGAAUGCAUAAAAGUUUCUGAAGAACUAAUGAUUUGACACAAUGUUUUUCUUGUCUUGUAGUAUGUCUAUAAGGAACAUAUUAUUUUUAAAAACCCAAAUACCUUAACAUUUGAUUUUUGUAAGAGAACGGUGUAUUUAGCUUUUUAUGCUGCAGUCACCUUUUGGAACUAACAAACUGCGCCAUCAGUACCAAACCCAUGCUGUAGAAACUUCACUGGAAGGAUUUAACAAAAAUUAGGACAAGAAUUAUUUCUAAACAAAACAGUGCAACAUUUUUGAGCUUUUACUAUAUUCUCUUGUGAACUGUCUUACAGCCGCAGUAAUUAGCGGUGGCUGGAUGCCUCUUGGGAUCCUUUGAAGCUUUCGGAGCAGCAAUGCGAUACUUAAUGCUUGUCCUAAAUCUUGUUUUAUUAAAUAUCCAGUCCAGCUUCAUGCUGCCAGGUACAGCCAUGAGGAGAAGCACAGCAUUUCAGUGUAGACUUACACAAGCCAUUUCGUAAUUUAUUUUAAAUUUUUCAUAGUUAAUUACCAACAGGCACGCAGAGAGCUGGGAGAAAGAACUGAGACACCCGCCCGUAGUUCUGGCUGUGGCUGGAGCUUCCGAAGGUGCAGAGGAAGCUGAUGAGCAGGACUAGGCUUUGGAAAAAUCUUAGACCAAAUAAGAAAGUUCAAUCUAUGCUGUUUCUACCUUUUUUUCUUUUUUUUUUUUAAGAGGAAAGCUAGUGUUAGAUUAUCCUGUGCAUUUUUGGGGGGGGGGGGGAGGGGGAAAUCUCAGUUUUGAAUUUAACUGUGAUUUUGCUAGCUUUUCAGCAUGUUACCUGUUCAGCAUUUUAUGCCCGUUUCCAAUGGAACUUCAUAUUCUCUGCAGUGUUUUGGUGUCAGGGCAUCAACUGGUCUCUUAAUUUUAGGGCUUUUGUUAUUGCAGAUUAACCAGAGCCGAAAGGAGCUGGUUUGUACUAAUUACCAGUUUUGUUUACAGUUGAGUUUUAGUGAAGGCCUUCAGACUGACAGACUCCAUGUGAGGCGAGUAAGUAACAGUGGGGGGGUCGGCCAGUUGCAGCCCUGCUAGACUUGAGUUGUAUUUACUGUAGGAAAAAAAUUACUGCUGGGGAAAUAAAGUCCUUCUUUUGCUUGGAAAAGUAUAGUAGCUGCUUGUCUUCAAGACCACUGCAGACACAGUGAGCCAAUGAACCUGCUUGUGAAUUUUUAAACUACUUAUAAUUCAGCAUUUGCAUUUUUUUAUCAUGAAUAGUUAGAAUAAUUAUGUGUUUGCAUUUCAUACGCUCGGUUUACAGCAGUGUGCUUGCAUUUCUGUAUUUCUUACACGCUUUCUCUUCGUGUCUGGCAAGCAAAAAUAGCUGUUGAGAACCCAUUAGAAAAAGUGGCCAUAAGUAGAAUAAUUUCAAGAGACAAAUCUGUUGCACUGCGUGUUUCUCCACCUGUACUUUGGUAACUCUGGCAAUGCCGAGUGCCGUUAGAUUAUGCCAAAGAGUGCGGCUGGUCACAGCUACAGCCCAGACAGUCAAUAAACUGGAUUCUGGUUUCGACACAGUCUGUAGCUGCAAAAGGAAACCUGUUAAUGCUCCCCCCAGGUUGCUGCCAGAUUGUAUUGGACAAAUGGUGUCACUCCUGAGUGGGUUUUUGCCCUAUAUUUUUGCAGUGCAUAAUCACUCUUUACAGGUCAAGCCUCAAAAAAUGUGAUAGUGUUACUUAAAUAGAAAAUGUCCAGUAUCUUGUCCCAUCCCACAGAAAUAAAUUCUACACCUGUUGCUGCUUGCCCAGCACUGGUUCUUCCACAGUCACAGAAUGUAAAUACCUUUCCCUGCUCUGUAAGGGAGAGACCACCACUGGCAUCCCUUCGCCCACAAUAACCUGGCAGAGCUUUAAUGGUAAAUGACAGAGUUUUGGGUUAUCUUUCAUAUUACAGCUUUUAGCGAAAGAUGUUCUUAUCAAAGUUUUCACAAAUGAUUUUUUGAUUAUCCUUUUAUCUGGUGAAUAGAUGCAUAGCUAUUAUUUGUACAGCUUUUGAUAAUCACGUUUUACAUAUAUAUGUAAGCUUAUUAGAAGAAACUACAGAUGAAACAUACAAAAAUGAAUCCUAAAGAAGUUGCCCCUAAUUCUCCAGUGUUAAGUACUUGUUACCAUGUUAAUUGUCUUGACUGGGUCUUUUGACAAUGAAAUUAUCAAUAAUAAUAAAAAACCCAAUCCUAUGUAUUUUAGGAAGGCUCCAAAAGAUUUCCAUGUUAGCAAUGUCUUCAAGAUGCCGUGCUUAGAGCCAGCACAACUGUGCAGUUGCUGCGUUUGAUCAGUUGUGAGCCUGUUACCACCUAAUGGCUUACCUUGAUUUCGGUAUCUGCUUUUAAAAGGAAAUGCAAAAAUAAAAGCUAACACAAGCUCCUGUAGAUUUACCAACAGAGGGGAGAAGUUAAAUUUUUAGAAGCUGUAUUGUAAAAGUGCAUGACCUGAUUAACUCUAGUCGCACGGCAUCGUUUGUACCAGUGUAUGGGACUGAAAUCCUUUUUGUCAUGAUGUUACCCCCUAUCCAGCAUUGUAACGGCAUUUACAAGGUCAACUACUGAAUGUUUUGCAUUUUAAAAGCCUUAAUUGUUUAUAUUGUAUUAAUGUGUUUUUAAAGACUAUAAGGAAACAACAUUUUCCUUGUAAAUUGUAACAAUGAUUUUGAACACUUAAAUAAUUUUCAGAGAAGUCCAGUUCUGUAUGUUAAUACCCCUUUUUGUUUGUGUAUCACAAAGAAAAACUGUUAAACUCUGUUACUUUUUAAAAAGUGUCUCCAGUUCUCAGCCUCUCUGUAGUUUAAGGUCUUUACCCUACUGAGAUUUAUUUCGGUUAACAGUCUUCUGAAAUUCAUUGUAUGUAAAUAAAUUUAAGUGAGCAAACUUAAAUAAACAUUUCAUUUAGGUAUGUAAGUUCUUUCCUAGUGAUGACAGUUGGAU